CGGGGCGGGAGCGGGCCCGCCCCGCCGGGUGGCCAUGUUGCAGCCCCAGCAGCAGGCGGCGGGGAGUGCGGCGAUGGCUGUGGCUGUGGGCAGAGCGGCGAAUGAUGACCUUAGGAACCUGUCCCUGUCUGGCCAUGUGGGCUUUGACAGCCUCCCUGACCAGCUGGUUAACAAGUCAACAUCACAGGGCUUCUGCUUCAACAUCCUCUGUGUGGGUGAAACUGGCAUCGGCAAGUCAACACUGAUGGACACUCUGUUCAAUACAAAGUUUGAAAGUGAGCCUGCUACACACAAUGAGCCUGGUGUGAGAUUGAAAGCCAGGAGUUAUGAGCUCCAGGAGAGUAAUGUCCGUCUGAAGCUGACCAUUGUUGACACGGUUGGAUUUGGAGAUCAAAUUAACAAAGAUGACAGCUACAAGCCCAUAGUAGAGUACAUUGAUGCACAGUUUGAAGCCUACUUGCAAGAAGAGCUGAAGAUCAAACGAUCCCUGUUCAAUUACCAUGAUACCAGAAUUCAUGCCUGCCUGUAUUUCAUUGCACCAACUGGACACUCACUGAAAUCCCUAGACUUGGUCACCAUGAAGAAGCUCGACAGUAAGGUGAACAUCAUUCCCAUCAUUGCCAAGGCUGACACCAUUGCAAAAAAUGAGUUGCACAAGUUCAAGAGUAAAAUCAUGAGUGAGCUGGUCAGCAACGGUGUCCAAAUCUACCAGUUCCCAACGGAUGAAGAGACAGUCGCCGAGAUCAAUGCCACAAUGAGCGUCCACCUUCCUUUUGCUGUAGUUGGUAGCACUGAAGAAGUGAAGAUUGGCAACAAGAUGGCAAAAGCCAGGCAGUACCCCUGGGGUGUUGUCCAGGUUGAAAAUGAAAAUCACUGUGACUUUGUGAAGCUGCGGGAGAUGCUGAUCCGAGUGAACAUGGAGGACUUGAGGGAGCAGACACACACCCGACACUACGAGCUGUACAGGCGCUGCAAGCUAGAAGAAAUGGGAUUCAAGGACACAGAUCCAGACAGCAAACCUUUCAGUCUCCAAGAGACUUAUGAAGCAAAGAGGAAUGAAUUCCUGGGUGAACUCCAGAAGAAGGAGGAUGAAAUGAGGCAGAUGUUCGUCAUGAGAGUGAAGGAAAAGGAAGCAGAAUUGAAAGAAGCUGAGAAAGAUCUUCAUGAAAAGUUUGAUCAUCUAAAGAGGACUCACCAAGAGGAGAAGAAAAAAGUAGAAGAUAAAAAGAAGGAGCUUGAGGAAGAGCUGAACAACUUUCAAAAGAAGAAGGCGGCAGCUCAGCUAUUACAGUCACAGGCUCAGCAGGCAGGUUCUCAACAAACCAAGAAAGACAAGGACAAGAAAAACUUCUUCUUUCUGUAAACGCCAUUUGCCACAGCCCCGUGCUCUCCCAGCAGACAGCGGGCACCGGAGGAGCCCGUGGGCCCCCGCCGGGAGAAACCAUCUCAUUCCUCCAUCUCGUCCACCCUCCUCUCCUCCCUUUUGUUUCCCUCCUGUGCAUCUUGAGGGUGCAUGGUGCUGUGUGUCUGUGCUGGCCGUCUGCACAACCGAGGCUGCCAAAUGUGACAGAGGUAACGACAUGAGGGGAGAGCUUGGCCGUGAUAUGCAAUAUUGCACUGCGAUCUCUUCCCCUCUCCCCUCUUUUUUCCCUUUUGCCAUACCGUGCUGCUGGCAAUGAAGAGACUGGCGGACUGGCUGGUGGCGUGUGUGUAGCCACAGGGCUCCUUGCUGCCUUUGGAUCUGGAGCUGGGACACCACAGCCUCAUCACAAGUGUGUCCCACGCUCCUCUGAUGUGAUGAAAAUGUGCCCACAGACCCACGUGCCUCCUUGGUUUUGAUAUGGAGCUGUGAGAAGCAGAGGUGGCUGCUGUUACGUACUGCUGCACUGAUGGAUCUGUUCUGGACACUCAAGGCUUUGUUAUUUUCUGGCUGUACCAGCAAAGUAGGGAGCUUCUCGAUUGAGCCGCACUGACUUGUGCUUGGAUUAAUGGCUUCGUUUUGUGCUUAUGAAGCCUAGUUAGUAAUGAUUUAUUUAUUUUUUUCCAACCAUAAACAUGGGGUACUUGUUUACUUCAGCUAAAGGCUCAAAAAGUGCCAAAGAGUUGUUCAUAGGUUAGAAAGAAGCCUCUAAGCCUGGUGUGCAGUGACCUCUAGCUGCUCUGCUGCGGAUGGAAGGAGGCAGCCUGAGCCCCUUCCAAUGUUUCCUGUAUGGAGUCAUGCACUUUAACUAAAUACUGAUGAUUUCUUCUCAUCUGCACACCUCAGUCAAAGAAUUAACCCCCUUUACUCUGCUGUGGAUGGGUACUGCUGAAUGUUUUGCCAUCUUCCCAUCAGUGUGUGGAGCACGAGCUGCCAGGGGUUAGCUGAAGGCUGUUUCCCAGAAGCACAAUGUUUUCCAGCACUGCUCAGCGAUGGGGGCUGAAGCUCCUUCCACACGGGUGCCUGUUUUUCUCAAGUGGUUAAAAAACCCUACAAACUGUUUAUCCUGGAAACAACCCAGUAACUUCAUAGUUACCAUCAGAAAGAUUAUUAAAUAUUGGCCUUGUGUGUAUGCAGUAGAAACUCUUAUUUUAAAUUUGUGGUGAGGGUUUCUCCGGUGGUAGCAGUCUGGCCUGUGAGACCCCAGAGCAGUGCUGCAGCCCUUCUCUUGAAAUAGAGUCCGUUGCUUCACAGAGUCCUCUGCACAGUCCUCUGCUUCACAGAGUUGUCUGUCUGAGCCCUGCCAUGUGUCAGCUCACCUGUGCCUUUAUUUUGCAGUUCCUGGAGUUGUGCUGUGCUGAUGCCUUGAGUCCUGCAUGCAGCUCUGGCCCUCGUGUCUCCAGAAGGACACAGUGGAGGUAGCAAAUGGCACUGCAGUGCUAAAUGGGAUGGAGUGGCAGCCUGCCCUGUGAGACUGCUAUUUGGAGAAGGAAAAGCUGAGAUGAGAGUGAGCACUGGCUUUGUGGUGAGCUGGAGGUUGCAGCACACAUCCUCUAGAGGUCCCUUCCAGCCUAAAUUUUUCUUUGAGUUUGAGUUACAGUGUAAGCCCACUGAAUGGGGCUGGUAGUAGUUCCUACCUGCUGGUAACCAAAUCAACAGGACCAGAGGCAGGGGGGUGCUCAGGGAAGGAGGAGGAAAUCUGCUCUAAUCAUUGUGACUGAUUUUCCUGGUGAGCAACUAUGAACUUCCAGGUGUUGCCCAGGCUUAAGGAUGUAGAUAGUAUCAGCAGGAGGUUGAAAAAAGCAGUGUGUUAACAGAGAACAGAGCUGUAAGGAAUCUUAAGGGAUUGGACGAAUUAAAGCCGCUGCCAUCCCUAACCCAGUGGAUACUGUUUGUGUCUCUUGUGUGUGGACAUGGGGCAGGAGCUGAGCUGGGAGCUUUUGGGCUUUGCUUUGCUUCCUCCCUCACGCCCAGAUGUUACAGGUACAGGUGUAGGUGUCAGCCCAGGGAGGGGAUGGCAGGGUGAAAUGUGUUGCUGGACAGCCCAGCAUUCAUUUGUUGAUUGGUGUCACCAAAUGUCCCCAGCGGAGCUGGAAAGCAGCCUCACCCACAAAAGUCAGCAGGCGCCUGACAUUCUCAGGUCUUCCAAGCAGACACUUUGUGGCACAAAGGGAGAGUGAGGUGUUGCAUGUAGUGGCUGCACAGCAAUAAUGCCAGCUCACCUUUACAUGCUACAGAUCGUGCUUGGAACAACUGGCAGUGCUCUGCUGACACAGGGAUGUGGUGGUUGUACACUUAGGGUGCUGACAUGAGUGUUUUAGGUUGGAUAUUAGGAAACAUUUCUUCUCAGAGUGGUGAUGCAGUGGUAAGGGCUGCCCAGGGAGGUGGUGCAGUCACCAUCCCAGGGGGUGUUCAGGAACCACAGAGAUGUGUCACUGAGGGACGUGGCCAGUGGGCAUGGUGAGGAUGGGCUGGAUGUUCUUAAAGGUCUUUUCCAGCCUUCAUGAUUUUAUGAUUCUGUGUUCCGGGAAGUGCAAUGCUUUUAUCCCAGUGGUGUUGAGGGAGAUCAGGCAGCCUGUGGUUUGCAACUGUUUUUCCUUCUUGCUGGCUACUCCCUUGAGCCAUAUUCUCUGCCUCAGCUGCUCUGGAGUCCUGCUGGAGCAGGCAGACCUUGUACUAAGCACGCUAGGCAGUAUACAUACUGUGAUGGACUGAAGACUGUGAGGGAACCAUAGCAGGGCUCACCAGCAUCAGGGAAUUACGUCUCAUGUCCCUUCAGAGCUGGGUACAUGCAUUUGGGUCAUGGGUGCUUUGUAAAGUUAAUCCUUCUGGUAGCUGUGUUGGUUCUCCUUAGCAGUGCUGGUCAGGCUCCUGUCUGUACCAAGAUAUUUCUGGUGUAAAAAAAAGUUCAAGGGGUAUAUUUGCAAUCACAGAGUGUGAGUUUUAUUUUCAGAAGUGCCAUGGGCCUGCAGGGCCAGCCAGGCAGCGCUCUACCAGCCCACCAGCAGGACUGCAUAGGUAGGUCUGCCAGACCAGGGCAGGUAUCAUCUGUCCUAACUGCAUGCUGUAUCAGUGGUUGUCUGUAUCCAAGUGAAAGACAAUCGGUGUGGCUUUGUGCUCAGCACCAGCAGAGCAGGGUGUCUCCCUCUGAAAUAUGUUAAUGCAAUUGGGGGUUGGGGAAGUGCUUUGUUUGUGACACAGGGCAGGCACUGCUCUCAUUCCCUCACCUUCCAGGAGGAGAGAUGCCAAGAAUGGAAACUGCCUCCGUGCAGAGGCUCACAGCCAUGGCUACAGCACUUGCUGGAGAAGCAAAGAACUGCUCCAGCAGUCAGUGUUACCUUAUGCUGAGCUUCCCUGCCUUCUGUUCCAGCCCAUUCCCUGCCAACUGGCACAGCCAACACCUUUCCCUUUCCUUUUCCCUUUUCCUUUUCUUUCCUUGUGCCAUACCCGUUCUUUGCCUGUGGGUCUGCAAAUUGGUUCAGGCCUUGUGAGCAUUCUACUGCUGCUGCCAAAUAGGGUGGGAGAAGACUUCUUUUUUAACCACAAGGAGAGAAGCAUGUGAAGAGAGAGGAAGCCAGUGUAAGUUGAGGCUUAGAGUUACUGCUGCUAGAGGACACCUUUGUCCCCAUCUUCUCUUCCCCUUUGAUGUGCCUGAUGCAGUUGGAAGCAAACUAAAAUAAGCUGCAGUCCUACAACACCCCCUCCAGGUUUGUACCAUGUAUGUUUCUGCAGAGCUGGGAGUCACAGGAGCCUUCACUUGCCUCUGGCUGCGGCCACAGCCACAGCCAGGGCUCUCGGCUCUGUCAGGAUGGGCAGGAGCGCUCAGCUGACACGCAAUGCGCUUUGCUGGUGGGCAGCCUGCAGGUUACCUGGCACUCGUGAUGAAUCUACUGCUGGAAUUUGGCCCUGGUUUUGUUCUGGGCUGUAACACUGUGUAAUUUAAGGGAGAAAGAUGCGUGCACUGAAGUGAGACUGAAGUAAUGAGCUGUAACAGCAGUGGGUGCUACCCUUCCACAGCACCCUGGUUGCCC